GGCCGGACCCGGCGCGGACAAAGGCGGCAGCGGCGGCGCGGGGGAGCCGCGGCGGGGGCGGCAGGCGGCACUGGGCCGCUCCGUGAGGGGACCGAGCCGCAACCUGACAUGAUGUUUCCACAAAGCCGGCACUCGGGCUCCUCUCACCUGCCUCAGCAGCUGAAGUUCACGACCUCCGACUCGUGCGACCGCAUCAAGGACGAGUUCCAGCUGCUGCAGGCCCAGUACCACAGCUUGAAGUUGGAAUGUGACAAACUAGCCAGCGAGAAAUCGGAGAUGCAGCGUCACUACGUCAUGUACUAUGAGAUGUCCUACGGGCUGAACAUUGAAAUGCACAAACAGGCUGAAAUUGUCAAGAGGCUAAAUGGGAUUUGUGCACAGGUUCUGCCCUACCUUUCACAAGAGCAUCAGCAGCAAGUCUUGGGAGCCAUUGAACGAGCUAAGCAGGUCACGGCGCCAGAACUGAACUCCAUCAUCCGUCAGCAGCUUCAAGCUCACCAGCUGUCCCAGCUCCAAGCCCUCGCUCUGCCCCUGACCCCGCUCCCCGUGGGGCUCCAGCCUCCCUCUCUCCCCGCUGUCAGCGCCGGCACUGGGCUCCUGUCGCUGUCAGCCCUGGGCUCUCAGGCUCACCUCUCCAAGGAGGACAAGAACGGCCACGAUGGGGAUGCCCACCAAGAUGAUGACGGCGAGAAAUCGGAUUAGAGCGACCGUGGGGCCGGGGGAAGGG